CACUGUUGCCACAGUUGCGGAAAGCAAGAUAUCCUACUCGAUCAUUUUUUUUACAGAUUAGUUCCUCGCCGAACGUAAUGAGAUAACGCUAUCUCGAUCUGGUGGAGUUUUCACACCGCGAACGAUCCAGUUCGCAACAACCAUUCGUUCUUCGAACUUCGUGCAGCAUUUGCAUCGUCGACAGAAAUUCAAGGUGAGCGUCAAACAUCCGCAGUAAUGGACAAGGAUCCUCCGCCUCCUGGAUUUAUCAACCAGCAACCACCCCCAUAUUCUCCACCGACGGAACAUCCGACGACAACCUCGGUACCACUUUCUACGUUACCCCCGUACACCGAACAACCAUUGUACCAUCUUCACGGCGCGAACGUGACGGCACACGUCAUCACCCAGCAGCCAGGGACAACGGUUCAUGUCAUUACCAACGCAUCCCCUUUCGGGCCGGAUCCGAUAACGAUGAUUUGUUCCAAGUGCAAUCGCACGGUGAGCAGCGUUGUCAUUAAGCAGCCGACAACUAGAACCCACCUGUGGGCAUGCCUCUUAUGCAUAUUCGGCUGCUGGCCCUGCGCACCUAUCGUCUACUGCACGGAAUCCUGUCUCGACACUGCACACUACUGUCCCAACUGUAAAUCCUAUCAAGGAAAGCACAGGCGUUAAGAAUCCACGAUGAGAAAGACGUUAAGAUCGACGAUGAGCGUACCGAUCUAGUCUUGGGUCAGAAAAAUAUUUUCAAACGUAAAAUAAGGCUGAAAAUAAAAGCAGUUCAAGUUUCGGACUGCCGAUCAUGUCUUAAUUUAGUCUUUAAGUUACCGUUGUGUUAUACUUGAAUUUAUUCUCGUUUAUAAGACUAAACUUAUAACCUAUCUAGUAUUUAUUUUUAUUGUUUCACACUACUUAUGUCUCUUCUACGUGUAGAUCUACGAUCAAGAGCAAAAGUGCAAUGAAUGAAGGAAAAAAUUUCGAAUUAAAAAUAGUAAACUGCA